AUGUCGAACAGGCCUCAUCCUCUCCGUCAAUCAUAUACUGUUGACUACACAACGACCAAUAUAAAUCGCCAACUGUCUGCUGCUUCAUCGUCUGCAUCGUCUGGCUACUCGGCCAACUCUAAUAAUACUGAUCCGUCUGACUUUGGGCCACCUAGCGCAGCAUCAUCGAUAACUUCGAACGGCAAUGGCAGACCCAUCGCUACACACAAACGUGGCAUGAGCGAAACUGCACUUCGGUAUUCCUCACCGCGAUCAAGUAUAUAUGAUGAACCCAAGGCGAACCCGGAAAUCAUGUAUAACUUGGCCAGACAGUCUUUACGUCCGCUCCCACAGCCACCUGCUUCAGGACAGCAACUCGAAAAACCCAAGACACCCCCACGUCGCGACCGCCAAGAACGCGGGCAGAGUAUUGACAUCGGCAAGCUUUCUCUAUACGAGGAGAAAACUUCCCCUACUCCCCAAAGCAAGUCGCCAAAUGCCCGGCCUACUUCUAUGGUGCUCACACGAUCCGAUGUUAGACGCCCAAGUUUACCCGGGAGCCCGACGCACUCCUCUCAUCUCGUAGUUCAUCCUACUACUCUUGCUGCUCCCGACUUACAACAGAUGGGUCGCUCCUCCACAAACCAACUGCGCACCUUAUCCAAAUUGGCCCAGGAUAGUUCUGCCGAUGAAUUCGCCCUUACUUCCCAGGCCCAGGAGGUAGUUGGCCUGCGUGGACGACGAAGACUGCAGCGAGCAGGUAAUGCGAAUGGCUCUAGGAGUGGACAGCGCAGUGAUCGCUAUGGAUUCGAAGGGCGCAACUGGAUGGAUAAACAGAGACAGUUUCUCCAAGCAUACGAAUAUCUCUGCCACAUUGGUGAGGCAAAAGAGUGGAUUGAGGAUGUCAUUCAUCGUCAGAUUCCACCAAUUGUUGAGUUAGAAGAAGCUCUGAGAGAUGGUGUCACCUUAGCUGAGGUUGUGGAAGCUCUGAACCCUACUCGACGAUUUCGCAUAUUCCGAAACCCGCGACUUCAGGCAAGACACUGGGAUAAUGUAGCUGCUUUUUUCCGAUACCUAGAUGAGGUUGAGCUGCCUGAUUUAUUCCGAUUCGAACUGAUUGACCUUUACGAAAAGAAGAACAUCCCAAAGGUCAUAUACUGCAUACACGCCCUAAGUUGGCUUUUGUUCCGGAAGGGUAUUGUGGAUUUCAGGAUAGGCAAUCUGGUUGGCCAACUAGAGUUUGAACAUCAUGAGCUAGAGGCUAUGCAAAAAGGACUCGACAAGCUCGGUGUUAAUAUGCCUAGCUUCGGGAACAUGGGCGCAGACUUUGGCGUGGAGCCAGCGCCUGAGCCCGAGCCUGAAGAAACUGAAGAGGAACGAAUCGACCGCGAAUUGUCCGAAAACGAGGCCGCCGUCCUCGACCUCCAGGCGCAGGUGCGAGGUGCUAUGCUUCGACUACGACUCGGCCAUAUGAUGCAAGGAUUAUGGGACUCGGAAGACUGGCUCAUUGACCUCCAAGCGCGCAUUCGCGGCGAUUGGACCCGUCAAGUUAUAGGGUAUAGAUUGGAGAUGCGCAAGUUUGCUAUCAAUCUUCAGAGUGCCGCUCGUGGAUUCCUAGCCCGAAAUAGAAUGGCACGUAGAGAACACUAUUGGAAGAGCAAGGAAAAAGAUAUUACGAUACUACAGAGCUUGGUACGGGCCGCAAAAGUUCGUGACGAGGUACGAGAAACUCGAUCUCAAUUAUCACAGGCGGAUGGUCCUAUACGAAGCAUUCAAGCUGUGUUCCGAGGCCAACUAGCACGCAGAAAGUUCCUUUCCCAGCAGCAGGAGACGAAUCGUAUGUCCGGUCCAGUAUUGCAGCUUCAGGCCGCAAUAAGGGGAAUGCUAGCGCGGGAAAAAGUUAGUCAAGAUCUUUACUCACUUGGAGAAGAAACUCAAGCCGUUACUGGUCUUCAGUCCGCGAUACGAGGAAUGUUAGCACGGGAGAAAGUUAGCCAAGAUCUCUACUUCCUUGGAGAAGAGGCUGAAGCUGUUACCAGUUUGCAGGCUGCAGUUAGGGCGAUGCUGACGCGAAGUCAUAUCCACGAACAACGCGAGGCUCUCGCUAGCUUUGGUCCAAAAUGGGAGUCGCUUCAGUCAAUCUGUCGCGGCAAUUUACUUCGACAAGAUAUUCAGGCAACAAAGGCUGACCUAGGGCAACAUACCCCUGAGAUUGGAGCUCUGCAAGCUCAUAUUCGCGCAGCGGCAGUACGCCGGAAUAUUACCGAAACGCUGGAUGCUUUGAGCGACAAUGAACCAUCCAUACUUGAGCUUCAAUCACUAGCUCGAGGCAUGCUCGAACGACAGCGGAUCACUGCUGAGCUCGACUCUCUUGAAAGCCACGCUAUGAGUAUCAUAGAUCUCCAGGCUCGGAUUCGCGGGUCCCUGUUUAGAGAGCAGCACUCUCUGCUUCUCGAUGAACUACAAACGCACGAAGACGAAAUUGUCUCGUUACAAUCCCUUAUCCGAGCCAUGCUCCUGCGUAGCGAUGUCGGUCAACUACUAGCCGAACUUGACGAACACGAAGAAUCAAUAGCUGAAUUAGAAUCCUUAGCUAAAGGCUUUAUUGUUCGACAACAAUUUGCCGCCAAGAAGAAACACUUCGAGGAAAAUAUGCAGAAGGUGGUCAAGAUUCAAAGUUUCGUCCGCGCUAAGCUCCAGGGGGAGGCAUACCGAAGUCUCACGACUGGAAAAAACCCACCGGUUGGUGCAGUAAAGAACUUCGUACAUCUUCUUAAUGACAGCGAUUUCGAUUUCAACGAAGAGAUAGAGUUCGAGAGACUACGAAAAACAGUGGUUCAACAAGUUCGGCAGAACGAAAUGCUUGAGCAAUAUAUCGAUCAGUUAGAUAUCAAAAUCGCUCUGCUGGUGAAGAACAAGAUCACUCUUGACGAAGUCGUCCGACAUCAAAAUACCUUCGGUGGACACACUAGCAGUCUCUUAGCCAACGCCUCUAUUGCCUCAGCCAAUCAGUUCGACCUAAAAGCUCUCAACAAGAGUUCGAGAAAGAAGCUAGAAUCCUACCAGCAAUUAUUUUUCAACCUUCAAACUCAGCCACAGUACCUAGCGCGACUUUUCAGACGACUGAGAGAAUUAGGUACAGCUGAGAAGGAGUGUAAGCGCAUCGAACUUCUCAUGAUGGGACUUUUCGGCUAUGCACAAAAGAGACGAGAAGAAUACUACCUACUCAAGCUCAUCGCAAGAUCAAUACGAGAAGAAGUGGACGCAUGUAGCUCUAUCCAAGAGUAUCUUCGCGGAAACUUUUUCUGGUCGAAGCUACUAGGGAAUUAUUGUCGGUCGCCACGAGACAGGAAAUAUCUCAGGGAUUUACUCGGCCCAUUAAUACGAGACAAUAUCGUUGAGGAUCCCGCUUUAGAUCUAGAGAGCGACCCGAUGCAAAUAUACAGAUCUGCCAUCAAUAACGAAGAGCUCCGCACCGGUCGCCCUAGCCGGAGGCCACUCGACAUAACCCGAGAUCUCGCAAUCAAGGACCCGGAAACGCGCGAGUUAUUUAUUGACCACCUCCGGGAUCUCAGAGAAAUCUCGGAUCAAUACUUCCUCGCCCUAGAGGAUCGUCUUGCCCGAAUGCCCUACGGCCUACGGUUUAUCUGCCGGCAGAUGUUCGAAGCAUUAUGCCAACACUUUCAGCGUGAACCUCAACACCAUGUGCUCCAAAUUAUUAGCAAUUGGAUUUGGCGUUUUUACCUGCAGCCUGCGUUGGUUAACCCCGAGCAGGUGGGUGUGAUCGAGAAGACUCUGAGCCCUCUUCAAAAGCGCAAUCUAGGCGAGGUUGCUAAAGUUCUUGGCCAAAUCUGCUCGGGCCGUCCGUUCGGCGGUGAGAAUAUCUACCUACAACCUCUUAAUGCCUUUGUAGGGGAGUCGAUCGAGCGACUUGCUCACAUCACGAAUAACUUGAUCACCGUUGCGGAUGCUGAAAAUACAUUUGAUAUCGACGAGUUCAAUGAUCUCUACGCCAAGAACCGGCCCACACUAUAUAUCAAAAUGACGGAUAUAUUUGCAAUCCAUUCUCUCGUAUCACACGAGAUACCGACUCUCUGCCCCAACCGCGACGAUGUCCUUCGUGAGAUCUUGCAAGACCUCGGAAGUGCGAAGAACAAUGAGAGUGAAAUGAAUGCGUCCGGGUCUUCCGACAUCCAAAUGUUUUUGACGCCUAAGCUCCAUGAUGUUGAAGAUCCGGAGGCAGAUAUCAAGGCUCUUUUUAUGGAGACUAAGCGCUGCAUCCUGUACAUUAUUCGUGUGCAGACGGGCGCUAACCUUCUCGAAAUCCUUGUCCGCCCUCCCACUCAAGAAGACGAACACAAAUGGCAAUCACUUCUAAGGGAAGAUUUCGCGUCUGGUAGCAAUACCAAGGGAGCGUACUCGGACGUCAAUAUGGUCGACGUGACGCGAAUGUCAUACUACGACAUGAAGCGCAAUGCUCUAGAAAACAUUAUGCAUUUAGAGCAGAUGGGACGAAUUACAAAACAUAAUUACUACCAAGACAUUUUGAAUGCUAUCGCGCUGGAUAUUCGUACGAAGAGUCGCCGUAGAAUCCAGCGUCAACGAGAGUUAGAAGGAGUACGGCUCACUCUCGGGAAUCUACACGAGAAGGCCGAGUACCUAGAGCAGCAGCGCAAGAGCUACGAUGACUAUAUCGAGCAAGCCAUGGCUACGCUGCAGAAGAAUAAAGGGAAAAAGCGAUUCCUCCUUCCGUUCACGAAACAGUAUAACCACCAGCGAGAGCUUGAGCGUUCAGGACGUGUUCCCAAAUUUGGCUCUUAUAAGUAUAGUGUACGCGCUCUUGCCGAGAAGGGUGUUGUCGUGUCUUGGCAAGGCGUGUCGGAACGCGAUUGGAGUAAUAUCAACCUCACGAUCUCGUGCGACGAGGUAGGUGUAUUUAAUCUCGAGGGUAGCCGAGGCCACAUCCAGAUUCCAGGAGCGAGCGCCCUCAUCCCGAUCGAAGAUCUCUUACAGGCGCAGUUCGAGUCUCACCAGUUUAUGAAUGUGUUCGAGGGUAACUUGAGACUCAAUGUCAAUAUCCUCCUGCAUUUGUUGUACAAGAAGUUCUAUCGGACGCAAUAA